UCCAAGCAGGCCAGGUCCUAUUGGGAUUAUUGGGCUUCCUCACUGGAUCUGACAGUCCAGCCCCCAGGGUAGGGAGGUACCACAAGACAGUAGCAUUGCCAUUGUCCCCCUUAUCUUGAGCUCCCUGUGGCACUGGCUGGCUUGAGAGCACGGCCUGGGGGCUCCCACAAUUCCUUAGGCUUGCCAAUCCUGAGCCACCUGUUGGCGAGUUCCUUGCAGGGUUCCCCUCUAUGAGGGCCUGCACAGCUGAAGACAUCUGUGUGCCUCUGCCUGUCAAUCCUCUUCAGGUUCCACUUCAUCACCCUGAGCGAUUUCAGUUCUUUCUUUUUUUAAAGGAUUUUAUUUGGGGGUGCCUGGGUGGCUCAGUGGGUUGGACCUCUGCCUUCGGCUCAGGUCAUGAUCUCAGAGUCCUGGGAUGGAGCCCCGCAUUGGGCCUUCUGCUCAGCCGGGAGCCUGCUUCCCCUUCUCUCUCUGCCUGCUGCUCUGCCUACUUGUGAUCUCUUUCUCUCUCUCUCUCUCAAAUAAGUAAAUAAAAUCUUUAAAAAAAAAAAAAAAAGAUUUUAUUUGACGGACAGCACAACUAGGCAGAGCAGCAGGCACGAGAGGGAGAAGCAGGUUCCCCACUGAGCAGGGAGCCUCAGGGAGGGCUCCAUCCCAGGAUCCUAGGAUCAUGACCUGAGCCAAAGGCAGCUGCUUAACAACUGAGCCACCCAGGCUUCCUGAGAUUUCAGUUCUUAAGACCAGCAUGGAAGUACCGUGUGACUCUCGUGCUACAGCAAAACUGCCCAUCGGCACAGUAGGGAAUACCGCUCAGGACUGGUGUGUUAGCAGAAGCAUGAAAUUUUGCAGUUCCCAGCAUAAUACGCUCACUUCUUACCUGGUAGCUCAUACUUGUCUCCUUGGUGCUGUUAUCUAGGUUGAUUCUACCCAAGAAGGGGGUUUAGAAUGUAGGACGAAUGCAACCAUAUUCCAAACUUGUAGUUUUAAAAAAAUUAACCUUUGCCUUCAUGGAUGGGAACACCCACGUACGUACUGCCUUGCAGGCAAUCGAAUCCACCCAGGUUACAACUUGUUCCCAAUUUGGAACUUGGGGGUUGGGACUUGAGUAGGGAAAAAGAAAUGUGUGGGGGUGAUAACUUGGGAGUGGAAAAAAUUGAUGUCAAGGACGUUGAAAUGGCAUCUGUUUUUACCCAGGCUAAUUACAUGUGUAAUGAAUGGCUGAUGAACCAUUAUUAGUUUCAAGCAAAUAAUCUACAGUUCGCUCUUGGGAAAAGAGCUCCAGUAGUACAGAUAACUUCUGUGAUGAGCCAAUUCUGAGACUGCACACUCUUUAUUCCUAUAAGUGCACAAAUUCUGGGUCUCCAUACCCUGAAAAUGAUUUUAAGGGCAAAAUGAGAGAUGGGAGAAUUUAGGCAAAAAACAAGGGAUUAUAUUAUGCAUAAACAUCCAUUCUCCGGGGUUCCUACCAUAUGUGCCAGGGACAGAAGCAUUCUUUCUCUUCCAUCACCCAUAAUCAGUGUUCCCAGCUGGCACUUGGCACCGGUGCCUUUGUCUCAGCACAAGUGCAAUAAUGGAGCGAUCUGUGGGAGGCUGGCUUUGUGGCAGGUGCAAUUUUACUCCUAAGGGAAACCAUCCACUACCAACUUCAAGUAUGCUCCCCUAUGAUAGGAACUCCAUGGCCAUGGGAGGGGAAUAUGGUGGGCCCCUCCUGGGCGGUCCCUGGAACUUAGAACAACCUUUUUCUCCACAGUCUUGCCCUUGGGCCCAUUUACCCUGACUCAGUGGUUGCACACAGACUCCUCUCUGGCCUAGUGCUCAUUGCUGUUGCCAGCCAGCAGGGGCCCCAAGGGAUGGAAACACCCACUCAGCAGUCUACCAAGCCAGGAGGUCAGCACAUGAGCAGACAGUGGUGUUUGCCCUCUAGGCCAAGGUGCACAGACUGCAGACAUGUUAGGGGCAUUUGCCCCACUCCAGAUCAGCCUAGAAACCAGUUUGUCAAACAGAUGGCUGCGGGUGAUAAUAGCGUCCCGGACUGCUCCGUGUGUUCUUUCCAACCUCUUCCCAUGUCCCAAAUCACACACUCCACUUACUCUGUUAUGGGAUCUGAGAACACAAAGCUCCCAGAAGUUACAGCUGCCCCAGGUCCUGCCCCCCACCCCUUUCUGGCUUCUUGCAAACUAGCCACUGACUUGAGGGAGCCCCUAGUGUGGUAGCUGGGAAACCCAAGAAAGAAUUGAAGGAAGCUCAAAGCCUCUUGAAGACAGUGAAUGCUUUAUUUAGCCGCAGUCCUUUCUCUCCUGCCCUCUUCUCUAAGCCCGGAGUCGGCAAGGAAAUUGUAGGCCACUUGGCAUCAGAGCUUCUAACUGACCUUUCCCACUUUCUCUUCCUGAAAGACAUUCAGGUGAGGAUCCUUUGAGGUGAGGAGAGAGGCCAAAGGGUAAGUCCCUGAGAUGACUUGUCCUUCGGGGCUCCUGGGGUCUCUUAUCCUUGGGCUGAGAUGCCACCAAAGCAGGCCCUUACCUCUUAUUUUGUCUGAUCUUUAAACGGGAGCCCACACAGGGCCCCCUCACUCAGCCCUGCAGCAGAGCUAGUGUGGGGCCAGUGACAGGUAGUCUCUCACUGCUAGGGGACAAACCUGUAGAGAUUUUGGGCUCCUGGGAGGCUAUGUGGGGUGACUGCUACCUUGGAAAAGAAAGCAUUCCUGUAUCUACUACUAGGAUUGAAUACAAUUUAUUCCAGUGCUGGGGGACAGAAGGGAAUGAGGAGGGGAGCAGUCACUUGCUCCUCAUCUGGGCUGUUUCUUGGCAAACCUCAGAAUGAGACCAUUACAGGGAGGGAGGACUGGGGCCAAAGGAAGAAACUCACUAGCACCAUCCACUGGAAAACCUAAAAGGAAGAGGGGCCUGGACUCUGCCCCAUUCCUGUUCCCCACCUGUCUCUACCCUUUUCUCUUUCCCUGGCUUUGCCAGAGUCCCUGUCUCCCCAGGCGCCCGCCUCCCCACCCGCCCCUGGAAGGCGGGACUUGGCUGCACCCACGUGUGGCGAAGUUAUAUGCUCCUAGUCGGCAGAGGAGCUGGGGAGCAGAGCACUGAGCUGAAUCAGUUAGAGAAGUGGCACCAUGGCUGGCAAGAAAGUCUGCAUUGUAGGCUCCGGCAACUGGGGCUCAGUUAUUGCCAAGAUUGUGGGAGGCAAUGCAGCCCAGCUGUCACACUUUGACCCACGGGUGACCAUGUGGGUGUUUGAGGAAGACAUCGGGGGGAGAAAGCUGACAGAGAUCAUCAACACGCAGCAUGAGAAUGUCAAGUACCUGCCAGGGCACAAGCUGCCUCCCAACGUGGUGGCUGUCCCAGAUGUGGUCCAGGCUGCAGCAGAUGCUGACAUCCUCAUCUUCGUGGUGCCUCAUCAGUUCAUCAGCAAGAUUUGUGGUCAGCUCAAGGGCCACCUCAAGGCAAACACCAUUGGUGUAUCUCUUAUUAAGGGGGUAGACGAGGGCCCUCAAGGGCUGAAGCUCAUCUCUGAAGUGAUUGGGGAGCACCUUGGCAUCCCCAUGAGCGUGCUGAUGGGGGCCAACAUUGCCAGCGAGGUGGCUGAUGAGAAGUUCUGUGAGACAACCAUCGGCUGCAAGGACCGGACCCAAGGACAGCUUCUGAAAAUGUUGAUGCAGACUCCGAAUUUCCGCAUCACAGUGGUGCAGGAGGUGGAUACGGUAGAGAUCUGUGGGGCGUUAAAGAAUGUAGUGGCCGUGGGCGCCGGCUUCUGUGAUGGGCUGGGCUUUGGUGACAACACCAAGGCUGCGGUGAUCCGACUGGGGCUCAUGGAGAUGAUCGCCUUUGCCAAGCUCUUCUGCAGUGGCCCUGUGUCCUGUGCCACCUUCUUGGAGAGCUGUGGUAUUGCUGACCUCAUCACUACCUGCUAUGGAGGGCGGAACCGAAAGGUGGCGGAAGCCUUCGCCCGCACAGGAAAGCCCAUUGAGCAGCUGGAGAAGGAGAUGCUGAAUGGGCAGAAGCUGCAGGGGCCCCCGACAGCCCGGGAGCUACACAGCAUCCUCCAGCACAAGGGCCUGGUGGACAAGUUUCCUCUGUUCAUGGCUGUGUACAGGAUAUGCUAUGAGAGGCAGCCAGUGGGCGAAUUCAUCCAUUGCUUGCAGAAUCAUCCAGAACAUUUGUGAGCAGAGCUGGGGCCCAGGCCAGGCACCUUCUUUGCCCCAGUGGAGGAAGUCAACAGCUUGGGGUACCUGGCCACCAGGAUUUCUGGGACGCUCCAUGGAGCAGCCUCUUCUGGAGGACAGGAGGCUGUGCGGCCCAACUAUCUACCUGGGGAUCCUGAACCAUCAAGCAGCCUACAGUCUCUUGCCACCACCUCUCACCAGAAAUGGAGUUGCCUUGUCCCUCUCCAGAUGUGGGGCUUUCUCCUUGUCUUCUGGGAGGGGGAGUCUCCAGCCCCAGUGCUGCCUGCUUUUUUGGGUGUGUGUGUUGGGGAGAGGAUGAAGGGAGAAGGAGGCAAGGGCUACCCACUGCUGCCUCACACAGACCAGGAGUCCCAGCCCCAAGCCCAGUUAAGUGGCUAAAGAAGUACCUCAGCCACAAGAGGAAUGAGGCCAGGGCUGCCAAGGAAGGGUCUGGGCUUUUGAGCUGACACAGGCCUCAGGGACCCCAUUGCUCUGACCUCUGCCAGGCCCCACACAGCAUCAAUGGAUCUCAGUGUUUGUUAACAAAAUACAAAGCUCUCUGCCCCCUUCUAGCUUCUCCUAGCAACAUCUGCGUCCUCAGAAACCUCUGGUCAUCCCUCCCCAUCCCUCCCCCACCCAACCCCAAGGCUGCCCUGGCACCAGAGUUGCGGCCAUGCUGGCGUCUCUGGCCCUAGGACUUGUCAUUCUCCCCAGGGACUUCCUAGUUCUUGCCAGUUCCUCUCCACCAUGCAUGACCUUUCCAAGACGACUCUUGCGCGCUCCAGGCCAGCACCAUCCACAGAGCAGGAACCUAAUCUGCUGACAGCAACACCUUUUCAGAGCAGGCUCAGAUCACUCUGCUUCCCCGUGACCUUUGUAUUUGCCCCACCUCCCUUCUCUGAAGCUCUAGCUGGGGGAGGUGUCAGUUGGGUCCCUCCUGCUUCUUCUCAAGGACCUCCCUGGCUUCAGCCCUUUCUUCUUCCCAGAACCUGUGCCUAUUUCUCAGCUGCUCCCAGAGCAGCCAGGGCAGCUAACCAGCACCUGCAUCAGGGGCCAGGGGCCAGAGAGUGGCCCAAAGCCUGCUCAUGGAUUGUGAGCAGGGAGGGGUAAGCAAGGCCAGCUCUCUGUUGUCACCUGAAGGCUUUCUCAUGAGGUACUGACUCCAUCAGCACCUCAGGAGCUGGGAAACUCAAGGAGGAAAAAAUUAAAACCACCCUACCCACUGUGAUGAGGGAAGAACAGGAAGGGGAGGAGGGAAUAUGCUUUGAACUGGCCUUAUUCCAGGAUGGGUUGGCAGCCAGGGAAUGUCACAGGUCAGCAGCCUGGGCCCCUGGCUACAAAUAGGCCCUGGGGGCCUGCCAGGCUCCAGCCAUGUUCAGCAGAUCUCAGCUUCCUAUGGGGCAGCACCUGGCACACUGUGGCUCUGGCCAGCAUUAUGUUAACCCUUUCUUACUCCCUGCCAGAUCAGGGAGGCAGGCUCCCCUCCUCAGCCCUAGUCCUUGAGGAUUCACUGUCUUACCAGUGAAGGGCAGAGCUGCCUGAAACAGGCUUCGAGACCGAAGGCCACAGCCACCCCAGAUUUGGCUGGGCCCAGGUUGGGGCUCUGACUGAAUCCAGAGCUGCCUCCCCAAGAAGGUCAAAGUGAGGGCUAAGAGACAGCUCUUUUCUUUCGGCUGCUGCUGUAACCUUGUUAGAGAGUCCCACACCUUUGCCUACUUUUGUUCACGCCACAGUUAACAAUCUAAGGCCUUCCCAUCAAGCCUACUACUUGUCUACUAAAUAAAUCGUGGUUUUUCCAGAAA